CACACACACACACACUUACACUCCCUCUCUCUCAGGGUUUUCCUGUUCAAAUCGUGGAAAUUACCAGUUGUGCGUUUGGAGACGCGUCAAAACACCUUAAACGGACGGACAGGUUUAUUUUAAACAACAUUUUAAACACGGUGAAGCUCUUCCACGGUAUUUUGAUUCUUCACCUUUCGAGGAUGGGAAACUGAUGGCCUUUCUCAUGUUGGAGGCUAGCCGUUCACUCUGAAGGUGCAGGAUGAAAACAUGGAACAGCUGCUUGUACCACCAGGUCCAGACAGCUUCCGCCCGUUUAGUCGUGAGUCCCUCAAAGCCAUCGAGGCGCGGAUCGCCGAGGAGACAGCCAAGAAGUCCGAGGGAGAGAAGGAAAAACGUGACGAUGAGGAGAAUGAGCUCAAGCCCAGCCGUGACCUGGAAGCGGGCAAAUCACUUCCUCUUCUGUAUGGGGACCCUCCUAAAAACAUGGUGUCGAUACCGCUGGAGGACCUGGAUCCCUACUACUGUAAUCAGAAAACUUUCAUAGUAUUAAACAAAGGGAAGAGCAUCUUCCGCUUCAACGCCGCUCCUGCCUUGUACCUCCUGAGCCCCUUCAACCCUCUCAGAAGAAUAUCACUUAGGAUUUUGGUACACUCAUUGUUCACUAUCGUGAUCAUGUGCACCAUCCUCGUCAACUGUGUAUUUAUGACUUAUAGUACAGUGCCUGACCACUUAAAGUUUGUAGAGUACACAUUUACUGCAAUCUAUACGUUUGAAUCCCUGGUUAAAAUUUUAUCUCGAGGGUUCUGCAUAGGGAAGUUCACGUUCCUAAGAGAUCCCUGGAACUGGCUGGAUUUCAGUGUCAUUGUCAUGGCGUAUGUAACAGAGUUUGUCAGCCUGGGCAAUUUUUCAGUUCUUCGCAUAUUCAGAGUGCUGAGAGCUUUAAAAGCCAUUUCAGUUAUCCCAGGCCUGAAGACCAUUGUUGGUGCAUUGUUCCAGUCAGUGAAGAAGCUUACUGAUGUGAUGAUUCUCACCGUCUUCUGCUUGAGCGUCUUUGCCCUCAUAGGGUUACAACUGUUUAUGGGCCAUUUAAAGCAAAAGUGUGUGUGGAACCCUGACAAUUCAACCUACAAUGGCACGACAGAGGAAACUUUCGACUGGGAAACGUACAUUCUCAAUAAGAGUAAUUUGUAUUACCUUAAAGGCAAACGAGAUCCAUUGCUUUGUGGAACUGGCCGUGGCGCUGGGGAGUGUCCGGAGGGGUUCACUUGCAGGAAAGUGGGAAAGAACCCAGACUAUGAUUACACCAGCUUUGACUCAUUUGGUUGGGCCUUCCUUGCUCUGUUUAGACUGAUGACACAGGAUUUCUGGGAAAACCUUUACCAGCAGACGUUGCGGGCAGCUGGAAAGCCCUACAUGAUCUUUUUUGUGCUGGUGAUAUUCCUCGGUUCCUUCUACCUGAUCAACCUGAUCUUGGCUGUAGUCGCCAUGGCCUACGAGGAGCAGAGCCAGGCCACCCAAAAGGAGGAGCUAGAGAAGGAGGAAGAGUAUAAGGCCAUGAUUGACCAGCUGAGACGGCAGCAGGAGGACGCUCAGGCAGCAGCAACUGCAGCUGCUGCAGAGAGUGGGGAGGCCAGCAACAAAGCCAGCGGCCCUGAGAGCUCCACUGACACCUCCAAGCUCAGCUCCAAAAGUGCCAAAGAGAGGCGAAACAGGCGAAGAAAAAGGAAGGAAGAGGAGGGCAAAGAGGCUGGUGAGAGGGUUCCUAAAUCCGAGUCGCAGGACAGUAUGAAGAAAGCUCGCUGCCGCUUCUCUGUGGAUGCAAACCAGCUCAACUAUGACAUGAAAUGCUCAUUAGCACAUCAGUCCUUUCUGAGUUUUCGUGGACCCCUGUUCUCAUCCAGACGGAACAGUCGGACCAGCCUUUUCAGUUUCCGGAGCCAAACACGAGACGCAGGCUCAGAAAAUGGAUUUGCCGAUGAUGAGAACAGCAUUUUUGAGGACAACCUGAGUCGGAGGGGCUCUUUGUUUCGUCCCCCGAGUCGUGAUCGACGCAGCAGCAGUCUGAGCCAGUGCAGCUUCUUGGCGCAUCUCCUACUUCCACCCAAUGGGAUCAAGCAUAGUUCUGUAGACUGCAAUGGGGUUGUGUCUCUGGUGGGAGGGAAUUCGCUCCCAUCGUCACCUGUGGGGCUCCUUCUACCUAAAGUGACAGUAGAUAUGGCUUCCACUGGAGACAAUGCCGACACCUCAGACACGGAAUACAGACAGACCGGUGGAGGAACAGAACAGGAGUUCAUGGACUUCCUUGAGGGCCCAGAGGCCAGGCAGAGAGUUCAUAGUAUAGCUAGUGUCAUAACCAGCACAAUGGAGGAGCUCGAAGAGUCAAGGCAGAAGUGUCCUUCUUGCUGGUACAAUUUUGCCAACACCUUCCUCAUCUGGGAAUGUUGUCCUGCAUGGCUAAAGAUCAAGAGGGUGAUUAAACUAAUUGUGAUGGAUCCAUUUGUGGAUCUAGCCAUCACCAUCUGCAUCGUUCUCAACACACUGUUUAUGGCCAUGGAGUUUUAUCCGAUGAGCGAGAGUUUUAGCAAUAUGCUGGCUGUGGGCAAUGUGGUAUUCACUAGCAUCUUCACAGCUGAAAUGGUCCUCAAGCUUCUUGCUUUGGAUCCAUACUAUUACUUCCAGGAGCGAUGGAAUAUUUUUGAUGGAAUCAUUGUCAGUGUAAGCUUGAUGGAGCUUUGCUUCUCAAACUCGGGUGGCAUGUCUGUUCUGAGAUCAUUCAGAUUGCUAAGAGUAUUCAAGUUGGCAAAAUCAUGGCCCACUCUUAACACACUGAUCAAAAUAAUUGGUAAUUCAGUGGGGGCCUUGGGCAAUCUGACGCUGGUGCUGGCCAUUAUUGUCUUCAUCUUUGCUGUGGUGGGCAUGCAGCUGUUUGGAAAAAGCUAUAGGGACUGUGUGUGUAAAAUCUCUGCCGACUGCACUCUGCCCCGGUGGCACAUGAGUGACUUCUUCCAUUCAUUCCUCAUUGUGUUCCGAGUGCUUUGUGGAGAGUGGAUAGAGACCAUGUGGGACUGUAUGGAGGUGGCUGGGACGACCAAGUGCAUCAUUGUCUACAUGAUGGUCAUGGUUAUUGGAAACCUUGUGGUGCUGAACCUGUUCCUGGCCCUAUUGCUGAGUUCAUUUAGCGCUGACAACCUGGCAGCAACAGAAGAUGACGGUGACAACAAUUUGCAGAUUGCCAUAGCACGGAUUCAAAAGGGCAUUGCCUUCCUCAAGUCCCUACUUCGAAGCAGCUGCAAUAGUGUUUGCCUCAGGAGAAAGAAGAAAGGGAAGGACGAGGACAAAACCCUGAAUGAGCUCCACAAACCUUUAGGGCCAAACGGUGUCCCCAACCAUACCAUCAAAGACUUUCCUAAGAGUGGAAAUGGUGAUGUGACUGGAGUGGACAAAAAUGGAGACAAGUACAUAGUCAGCAGCAAGAGUGAUGAUUCUAUAAUGUCUUUCAUCAACAAUCCUAGUCUGACUGUCACUGUUCCUAUUGCUGUGGGAGAGUCUGACUUUGAAAACGCCAACACGGAGGACUUCAGCAGUGCCUCGUCUGAUGUACCAGGAUGCCAUGUGCCUGUAGACGACGAUGGCGAGAUCAGCUCCUCUGAGGGCAGCACAAUAGACGGUUUGCCAGGCGGGGAGGGAGGAGAGUCUGAAGACUUUGAAUCAGAAGAAUGUAUGGAACCUGAUGCCUGCUUUACUGACGGCUGUGUGCAAAGGUUCCAGUGCUGUCAGGUAAAUGUGGAAGUGGGCUGGUGGAAGGUGUGGUGGACGCUUAGAAGGACCUGCUUCCGAAUUGUGGAGCACAACUGGUUUGAGAGCUUCAUCAUCUUUAUGAUCCUGCUUAGCAGUGGAGCAUUGGCACUUGAGGACAUCUACAUUGAGAAGAGGAAGACCAUUAAAACAAUGUUGGAAUUUGCAGACAAAAUCUUCACGUACAUCUUCAUUCUGGAGAUGUUACUGAAGUGGGUGGCAUAUGGAUAUGCCAAGUAUUUUACAAAUGCCUGGUGCUGGCUGGACUUCCUCAUUGUUGAUGUCUCACUGGUCAGUAUGAUAGCCAAUGUCUUGGGAUUUUCUGAACUCGGUGCCAUCAAGUCUCUGAGAACCCUGCGAGCUCUGAGGCCGCUGAGAGCACUGUCUCGGUUUGAAGGCAUGAGGGUGGUUGUCAAUGCCCUGCUCGGAGCCAUUCCUUCCAUCUUCAAUGUGUUGCUGGUGUGUCUCAUCUUCUGGCUCAUCUUCAGCAUCAUGGGGGUCAACUUAUUUGCGGGGAAGUAUGGCAAAUGUAUCUGCAGAACCACAGGCGAGCCAUUCACCCCAUUAGAAGUGAAAAACAAGACAGAGUGUGACGGCAAACUUGGUGCUCGCUGGACGAACUACAAAAUCAACUUUGACAAUGUUGGCUCAGGUUACCUUGCACUGCUGCAGGUGGCCACAUUCAAGGGCUGGACGAACAUCAUGUAUGCUGCUGUGGACUCUCAAAGCAAACAAGAACAACAACCGGAAUAUGAGAUCAACCUGCUGAUGUACAUGUAUUUUGUUGUUUUCAUCAUAUUUGGAGCCUUCUUCACACUCAAUCUCUUUAUUGGUGUCAUCAUAGACAAUUUCAAUCAGCAAAAGAAAAAGUUUGGAGGUCAAGACAUCUUCAUGACUGAGGAACAGAAGAAAUACUACAAUGCCAUGAAAAAGCUGGGAUCCAAGAAACCACAAAAACCUAUACCUAGACCAUCAAACAAAAUUCAAGGAUACAUCUUUGACUUCACCACAAACCAAGCAUUCGAUAUUGUAAUAAUGGUUCUGAUAUGGCUUAAUAUGGUAGCCAUGAUGGUGGAAACUGAUGGUCAGUCGGAACAAAAGGAAAAUGUUCUCUACUGGAUUAAUUUCGUGUUCAUUAUCAUCUUCUCUGGAGAGUGUUUAUUGAAGAUGAUCGCACUUCGCCAGUACUUUUUCACAAAUGGUUGGAAUGUGUUUGAUUUCAUCGUCGUCAUCCUGUCAAUCAUUGGUGUGUCUCUCUCAAAGGUGAUAGAGAAGUAUUUUGUUUCGCCAACCUUGUUCAGAGUCAUCCGAUUGGCUCGGAUUGGCCGCGUCCUCCGCCUUAUUAAAAGUGCCAAAGGAAUCCGCACGCUCCUGUUUGCCUUGAUGAUGUCACUUCCUGCUUUGUUCAACAUUGGUCUCUUGCUCUUCUUGGUGAUGUUUAUCUAUGCCAUCUUUGGCAUGUCAAACUUUGCUUAUGUCAAGAAAGAAGAAGGCAUUGAUGACCUUUUCAAUUUUGAGACAUUUGGCAACAGCAUGAUCUGUUUGUUCCAGAUCACCACCUCAGCAGGGUGGGAUGGCCUACUUGCUCCCAUUCUUAACAAACACGAAGAUGAUUGUGACAGUUUCACGGAGCAUCCUGGCAGUCGUGUUAAGGGAGACUGUGGGAAUCCUUCUGUGGGGAUCGCCUUCUUUGUGAGCUACAUCAUCAUCUGUUUCCUGAUUGUAGUGAAUAUGUACAUCGCAGUUAUCCUAGAAAACUUUGGUGUGGCCACUGAGGAGAGCACAGAUCCACUAAGUGAGGAUGAUUUCGAAACGUUUUAUGAGGUCUGGGAAAGGUUUGAUCCUCAUGCAUCACAGUUCAUAGUGUACAAUACACUGUCAGAAUUUGCAGAUGCUCUGGACCCACCAUUACGCAUAGCCAAGCCUAACAAGAUGGAACUGAUCUCUAUGGAUCUACCCAUGGUGAGCGGUGAGCGCAUUCACUGCCUGGACAUCCUGUUUGCAUUCACAAAGCGUGUUCUGGGCGAGGGUGGGGAGAUGGACAUCCUAAGGGCGCAGAUGGAGGAGCGCUUCAUGGCCUCCAAUCCUUCCAAAGUGUCCUACGAACCCAUCACUACUACCCUCCGUCGCAAACAGGAGGACACAUCGGCCACCAUCAUCCAGAGAGCAUUUAGAGAGUAUGCAAAGAGACAGGGUGCCACAAAGCCAUUUGUCGGUUCCAGUGAUUACAUUGAAAAGGAUAAAACAUACAAUGACAAAGAGGAUGUUGUCACAGACAAGCUCAAAGACAUUUCCAGCGCUGAUAAAAGUGAACUGACACCUUCAACAGCCUCUCAAAUUUCAUCUAACAGUGUGGCAACAAAUGGAGCAAACAAAUAUGAAAAAGACAAAAGUGAGAAGGAAGUUGAGGGCAAAGAUGUCAGAGAGCAAUAUACGUAAAAAAAAAUAUGCUGGAGAUGCAACAAAGACAUUCUAAUUUAUGACAAAAUGUUUACAACCUUUGAACGUGUCUAAGACAUCCAUUGGACUCCCUCCCUUAGUAUGGAUAUCUAUGCCAAACUGACCAUGUUUCCUUGAGUAAAGGGGCUCCUUCAGGCUGUAGUGGGACAUUUUUGGCUGUGUUCGUGAGCAGGGAUGCCUUUUGGCUGUUUGUUUGGAUGGCUACGUACUCUGAAAGACAAAUUAGUUAAGGCUUUAACUUCUAUUGCAGCUAGUUCUGCUGUUGAGUGUCUUGAAUUAUUGUUAUAUCACUGACUGUUGUAUUAAUUUACUUUUUUCAAGCCAGAAAAAAAACAGUUUUUAUGUUUUACUUUAUAGUUCAAGGUUUGGCUCAUUGACUUUUUAUACACUUUUUUUUUUUACUCUUAAGGGGUUGUUCCUUCAGGGGUAGUGUUCACAACAAGAAGCACUUCUUUAAGGCUAGUCUUGCUUGCUGAUACUAGAAUACUUGACAAAUCCAAGAGACAAUGUUGGAGUUGCUGCAGUUACCUAGAAAUGUAGACCUGCAUGAAUGUUUCUCCAUGAUUAUGCAUGUUAGAGUGUACUAAUUUCAUCAUGCUCUCUCCCUGUCCAUCAUGCUCCAUGAUGCAAUGAACACAGUCACGGCAUGGCUGUCUUUUUAUAUACAUUACAAAAACAUGAUUUUAACGUACAGUCCAAACAAAUUCAGCAAGAGUGUCGAUUAUCUUUGAUUAUCAGUGUCAGAGCAGUAACACUUGGCAGAAAUACUUUGCACAUUCAGCUUUGUUGAAUCAUCAAAAUCAUUCACCAACUUGUACCAUUUACAAUGUUGCAAAUUGUGUACAGAUUUUAUCAUGAAACUGCUUAAAACACAGUCUUCAACUUCAGAUUUGCUCUUUAUUAAAGCUAAAAAUAUAAGACAAAGCCUGGUAUAAAUUACCUCACUUAACAAAUCUCCGACUGUUUGCUCCAGUAGAAGACUACCUGUGAUAUAGCCUGUUUGUAGGACUUCACAUUUUUGACUUUUUCAAAAUACAGCUCUCCUCCAUGUGUCUGCUUUUUUCCCCAUAGUGUCUGUUUUCUUUCCUUCCUGUUUUUGAUGAUGGACCUCAAUGUAAUGAUUAUAAAAUUAUGGAAUUUAUGGAACAAUUACUAUCUAUCACCUGUGAUAUGAAACCAAAUAUAUUCUCAAUAAUCUGCCGCAUUCAGGCAGACAGGGAUGCUGUACAUGCAGCAGGAGCUGUGAGGUGGAAAAUGUAAAUGUCUAUGAAAAAUGUUGUAUGGACGGCAUUUUUUCUUCAUGAGUCAAAGCCCUGUGUUUGAUUAUUGGUGUUGUUAUAUGGCUGUGCUGUCAAAGCUUUACUUUUCAACCUUACUGCAUAUUUAUUUUUGGAAAAGGUGACUGGAAAAAAAGGGGUAGUAUAUUGUUUAUGUUUUUGUGUGCUUUGUAAACUGUUUUCUUCACAGUGUACCUCUCAAUCUUUAUCACGAUAAAUAUCGAAGUUGGAUGGAAAACGGCUCAGAAUAAUCUGAAUGAUUGUCUCAAGGACAAGGCAUCAAACAUCUCAUGUUUCCUACUUCUGUUUACAUUUUAUAGUGGCAGUUGUGUUACGUUUGUCAGUUCUUCCCAUAGCUAUGAUAACCACCCUAAACUGUGUCACAGUUGUUCCAUGUUAUAAAAGUAUAAUUCCAUUCAUGUAAGUAUAUUUUGCAUGUAAUUAAAACGUUCAUUACUUACACUAUAUUUUAUGCAUAAUGAAAGAAUGUUUUGAUUACAUAGAAUUUAACAUUUCCCAUCAUUCAUAUGCAUAUUGCUUGUAGUGUUUAAAUAAAUAAACUGCAUGCAAGACACUGCUAUAACCCAUUUCACUGAACGCCAAAAGAAUAAAGAUUACAUGUACCUCAA